UGACUAGUAUAUACCGAGUACUCUGUAUUUAUUUCAUCAAAUUAUUUACUCAAAUAUUAUUAAAAUUGUUUUAAGUUGCAUGUGAUCGAGCUGAGAUAUGGAGGUGGAGGAAGUGGAGCCAUUCCAUUGGUACAUAACAGACCGUAGCGUCAAACUAUUCUUCAUCACCUUCUUCAUCUUCCUCCUCUCCUUUCUCCUCUUCGUCUUCCUCUUCAUCCGUUACAUUCGCAACCAAAUCGCCUUAUUCCCCGACGACGACGACGAUGACGUCACCAUACCCAGUGCCAACCCAACUGCAGCGAGACGGCAGCAGACGAGCAUCCGCAGUAAUGGAACAGUCUCUUUUACUGCGGGCGCAGCUCUGCCGUCUCGCGAACGGUCAUGGUCUGGGGUUGUUGUUGGUCUUGAGGAGGUGACCGCCGGGACCCGCCCGCCGGUUUUCGGUCAGGGGAGGCCGCCGGAUGCCGCCGGUGGGACGGCGGCGGCGAGGAGGUUCGGGGGAGAGGAGUGCUGCAUAUGUUUGGGAGUGUUUGAGGAGAAGGAGGUGGUUAGAGUGAUGCCGGAGUGCAUGCAUGUUUUCCAUUCUCAGGGGUGUUUGUUUCAGCCUCUUAAUGGUUCAGAUGUCUGAAUGGUUCAGCACUUAAUGGUUCCCCACUUAAUGGUUCAGACUGUUUGUUUCAGCCUCUUAAUGGUUCAGAUGUCUAAAUGGUUAAGAGAUUUGCCUCUGAAUGGUUAAGUAUUAUACAGAGUCUGAAUGGUUAAGACCUCUUAUCUGAAUUGAUCAGACAUUUGCUUCUGAAUAGUUAAGCAAUAUACUAGCUCUUAAUGG